UUUCCAGCCCUUGCUUGAACAGCAACAACAACUUCAAUAACCAUGGCCCAAGGAGCAGGAAAAUCGAUCAAGGCGAAGGGAAAGUCAGGUGGAUCCCAGAGGAAGAAUACCGGAAAGACAAAACCCGGAAAGCGUGAAGUUGCGCCGAAGGAUAGGCAAAGGGUACUGGAGAGGUCCCAAAAGAAGCAACUUUCAAGCAAAAUCAACAAUUCUAUUGAGAAGCAGAUGGUACAAGCUGCCUCUGUGGGUAAGCUCUCCAUCAUGCGCAAUGUUGGGGAACUCGAGAGCGGCGAGGGCAAAGAUGGUAAAGCCAAGGGUAAGGGCAAGAGCAGAUAAGUAAGGUGGCUCGAUUUUUUAGAGUUAACACAUCUGUAUGAUAUUGUUGUACGCCUUGUAACCUAAUUCUAAUCUAAUUCGAACUAUUAUUUCUCUAUUUAACCUCGGUGCUACAUUUUCCGAUUUCCAUUCCAACCCUUACAAAGGUCUCCAACUGUUUCUUGCUAUUUUCAACGAGAUCCUUGUCAAAUUCUACUCCGGCUGAUUUUGGAAAGACUGUGAUGGUAGUGGAUCCGCCAUACUGAAACCAGCCUAGCUCUUCACCUUUGCAGACCUUAUCACCCGGUUUCUUGGACCAUCCGAUGGAGCCCACAAGCAUUGCUAUACCGCAAAUCAUGUUUCAGUAUGGAUACUGAGGAUAACAACAAUAUGAACGAGAACGCACCGCCUAUAGCGACAAACGCAAUGGGAACAGUUUCUCGACCGGAUCCAAGGUUGGCAUGGAUAAGCAUAAUAGAACGCUUGUUCAAAGUGAAGACAUUGAGAUCUAAAUAUUUGAAAUGAACAAAUCAUCUAAGAGUCAAGCGCGCAAGGCCACCAGAACACACCUUCAUUGAUAGCUUGAG